AAAUCAUGAAGCAUCAAUCUGACACAUCAGUGUUAAGUGUUUUAAACUACUAAAAGGGGUCUUGAGAGGGGUCAAACAGAACAGACGUUUGGUGUUAUUUUCAAUGACGGACAUAGUUGGUUGUGAUUACAUUUAUUUGACUAAUGCAUUUAUCGAAGUUACUGAUAACGUGGUGCUUCAGUUUUAUACAGUUGCCAUGGAGAUAAGGGCAGGCAGUAUUGUGGUAAAAGGUUCACUUUUGGAAAUUUUAGCGGCGCCCAAACCUCACCUGCUCUUCUGUGAAACAAAUAUUUAAUCCAAAGAAAUGGUCACUAUGACCAAAAACAAAAUAAUAACUAAAAACACUGGUUUAAUUUUAAAAAAAGUACAUUGCUAAAUGCAGUCAAUAUAUUUCUUUCUGUCAGCAUCAAACCAAGUUGAUUAAGCCAAGUGUUUAGCUGUAUUAUUAUGAACACCUUGAGCAUCAACAAAAUUGUUUCCAUCAGUGUGUGGAUAAACAAUUAGCCAAAUUAAUGGUUCGUAGAUUUAACAAAAUACCAAGGCCUACCAUUACCAUAAUGUUUUGGAUAUGGUACAACAGUAAUGAUUUGGCAUAGACCUAUAUCAAAAUACGCCGUUACCAUCUGACACUCUAUUACUGUACUGUGCGGUACAGCACUUUUUGUCAGGGAAAAAAACGUUAUUGUCUUACGACUUUUCUCUCACUUUUGGUUUCUAAGUUGUCCUGUUCAAAAGUUUUCUGGUUUUAUUUAAAAUCUCGCCAAAUUUAAUCGCUCUGUGUCUUUGUCUACCUGUUCUUCGACGCUCGCAUCUUCUUAAUCUUUCGCUCCCUCAGACAGUUCAGCGCGCGGGAACUCUCUCCUCCCGCCUCCAGCACGCGCGUCUCCCCACCGCUCGGCCCCGCCCCCCUCCGCACUACAUCAGCUGACCCGAACUUUUCUCACCCGAUCAGAAGACAACGGAUCAACCUAUACGAACUCUUCCGCGGGUCUAAACUGUCCAUUCAAGGGUCCCUCCUCGAGCUGAUACCGCUGUCCUGUCCUCUAGCUGCUGGGGGUUUCGGGUGAGCGAGCAAACGGGCGCGUCGGUGAUGUCAUUUAGGUCCAAGACUUGCUGCAGUAUGUCGGUGUAAGACUCUUCUGUGUCUAAAAUCUGUCAAGUGCUGAAGGAUGAUGCCCUCGACGGUCGGUGUUCUACUCUGCCUCCUUCUGGCUGUGGUCAGAACUGCAGUGUCCAGCAGGGAGUUGCAGUGCUCCAUGUGGCCUGUGGGGGCGCUGCAUCCUGUGAAGGCUCAUCUGGAGCGCUUUGAGGCAGGAACGGGCUGUGCGGCCAGAGAGGGCGGAGCUAAAGAGACCCAUGUGAUUUCCGUAGGAGAAGCCUCCAAUAAACAGGUGACGGUGGUGUUGAGACCUUUGACCGUCUCUCAGCCCAUCAACCGGCCGGUGAUCCUGGUGCUGAGCUCCCAGCAUGCCAUGCGCUGGGUGUUGGAAAAUGAGGGACUGCCUCACAACAUCAAUGUACUGGUGCAGGUGUCUCUCAACUCCACGGCCGAGUCUUCGAGUAUGUCCAUCCGCGUGACGCAGGUUCCGUCUCUGCCGCGGCGGCCUCGAGUCCUGCUGCGCUGGAUUCUCCAGCGACAAGCCACCGUCUCGUCGCUCACGCACACUGUACGCGCAAACCGUGUUUACCUUCGUCUGGGAGAGGAUCCCAGCAUGCCGAGCGAGUGCCGCCUGCGAUCUCUCUUUCUGUCGCAGAACUAUUUGGCCUCAGAGAUGCAGGAGCAGGACGUUCAUGGCUGCACGUUGUCACACGAGCCCGCAGAGAUUGAGGUCCACAUCAUCCGGCUGUGGUCGUCAGGCUCCAGUCUGUGCGGCUCUUUGCAGGUGGAGGUGUCCAUCUCUCUGCUGCCCCCAGUGGCUUGUUCAGGUUACCACAGGAUUGUUCUGAUCCUCAGCAGUGCGGUUUCAGUCAACUGGGCUUUGGUUGCUUCAGAGGUCAGAGGUCACGUCAGGGUCUAUUCAUCCAACAGCGUUAGUCUACCGUACCGAACUCAAGCCCCCGACCUCAGCAUGACCAGCACCGUGACCUCUGACCUCCACAGCACCCCCGACCUUCUAGAAUGGGCCAAUCAAAAUGGCUUUCCCAAAGUGACCUCAUACUCCGAGGCUGAUCUGGCCAAUCGCUUCGUGAUCAAGUUAAGAGGAGAUGGAAAAAGCCCUGAGGUGAGGCCUUCAGAUGAGCGGCAGCAGGACAAUGUCAUCAGGAUGGACAGAAGCAGAGAGGCGCUCAGCUGGCAGUGUGAGGACGGAGCUCUUUCUGUUACCGUGGAUACACAGAUGCUGCAGAUUUCGCCAGUGACGACAGUGACCCUUCGAGAUCGUGACUGCAAGGCUGAAUUUAACGGAAGCCAUUUCCUGUUGGUUUUCCCGGUCAUUUCCUGUGGGACGGAAGGAGAAAUGGAUGGAGUGAAUGGAAGAGUUCAUUACACAAACACGGUGUUCCUGUGGAAACAAAAACCAUCUGAGGGCUUGAACAAUGAGACGGACUGGGAGGGUUUGGAUGUGACAAGUCCGCUGACUGUUCAUAUCAGCUGUGAUUUGUCUCUGUCCAUUCACACGAGUCCAGCAGACAUGACUCCGUCUGUCAGGCCCGAGGAAGCACUGCGUCUUAGUCCGGCAGCGGCCCCUCCCUGGCUGCCGAGAGCCCAUGCAUCUCCGCUGCUGUCCAUGGAGCUGUUUGUGAGCGAGGCCUACGAGAAGAGACCCGUGGGGCCCUGCGUGAUCAGCGCGUACGACCGGCUCUAUGUGCAGAUCUCAGUGGGUUCUGGUGCUGCAGAGGCUGUGGAGCUCCAGUCGUGUCUGGUCUCUCCUCUCUCAGAUCCACAGGCUCACAACGGCUGGUCCAUCAUCAAAGACUCCUGCCCGUCCGACCCCUCCUUCACACUUCCCGACAAUGAAGCCCAGGAAACAACAGACAGCCCAGAAACUGACCAAGAAGAGAGCGAUGGAGAUGAAGAUGAAAAGACAGACAGGAAAGACGUCAGAAGACAGUCUCGGCCGCUCUCUCGCUGGAGACAGACAGGGAGCCGCAGCGGAGACGAGAGAGCGAGACGGUUUAAAGACAAGAGACCCGACAGAUUCAGAGCCAGGAAACCUGAGGAACGCAGACGGAGGAGAAGGGAUGAUGAACGCGAGAGCGCAAACACGCUGCGCUUCAGUUUCGUCCUGCGGCCGGUCUAUAAUAACUCCAUUCAGUUCCUGCACUGCCGGCUGCGUCUGUGUGCGGCAGUCGAGGGGCCCUCAGGGGCCGCUGCUCGGAUCUGUGCACAGGGGCCUCAGAUACCUGCUCUGACACACACACAUGCUUCUCAACAGUGUGAGUACAGAAAUCUGUCUCGGCCCGUAUUGGUCACGUAUCCUGUUGGGUUUCUGGCUCCCCCUGCUGGUAAACUCGCUGAGAUGUCGAGACAGACUCCCACACACAGCGGAGCAGACGAGGGUCCUGUGCUGGUGGUCAUGUUCGCGGCGUUUGUGCUGGGUUUGUUCCUGAUGGGGGGGCUGUGGUGUAUCUACAGUCAGACUGGGAGGCGUGAUUUGACCCAGAGAGAUGGUAUUGUAGAGACCACGGGACAGAACACCAGCUUCGGAAACCGUCCGACACUGACGAAGCAAACCAGCAGUUUCCACGAGGCGAACUAAAGAUACAAUACAAUUGUCAAUGUGACAGAAUGAACUAUCAUGUGAUUUCUGCUUUUGUUUAAAGCUGAAUUUGUGUAUCACUGUUCUGAGGUGCUUGUAGCCUAACUAUGGGACCUUGUUUUGGCCACGGAAUAAAAUAAUAAAAAGGUAAUUGCGACUCACAAUCUGUAGAUAAAUAAACUCUGAAUUGAUAUAAACGCACAAUUACAUUUUUUAUUUCGUGGCAGAAACAAGUUUCCAUUUGUAGGCCUAAUGAUUUUUACUUGCUGCUUUUGUUUUGCUGCUAAUGUAACAAGUUAUGUAAAACAAAGAUCUUAUAGAUUUGUGCUCCUUAAAUGUUCUUUAUUUAAUUUUCACUCCUUUAAUUGUUUUAAUGUAGUGUAUUGUAGUCCUUACGUAAGUGUCAGUAUUAAAGAAAUAAACUCGGACACGCAGACAGUAA